GCACCUGGGCGGUCACGAUUGAGCCAGGCUGCGGCGAUACGCACGCGAUGGAGGGCGAGGGCCGGGGCCGGUGGGCUCUGGGGCUGCUGCGCACCUUCGAUGCGGGCGAAUUCGCAGGUUGGGAGAAGGUGGGCUCCGGCGGCUUCGGGCAGGUGUACAAGGUGCGCCACGUGCACUGGAAGACGUGGCUCGCGAUCAAGUGCUCGCCCAGUCUGCACGUCGACGACAGGGAACGCAUGGAACUUCUGGAGGAAGCUAAGAAGAUGGAGAUGGCCAAGUUCCGCUACAUUCUACCUGUGUAUGGCAUAUGCCAGGAACCUGUUGGCUUGGUUAUGGAGUACAUGGAGACAGGAUCCCUGGAGAAGCUGCUGGCCUCAGAGCCAUUGCCUUGGGACCUGCGCUUCCGCAUUGUGCAUGAGACAGCUGUGGGUAUGAAUUUCCUGCAUUGCAUGUCUCCACCACUGCUGCACCUAGACCUGAAGCCAGCGAACAUCCUGCUGGAUGCCCACUACCAUGUCAAGAUUUCUGACUUUGGGCUGGCCAAGUGCAAUGGCAUGUCCCACUCUCAUGACCUCAGCAUGGAUGGCCUGUUUGGCACAAUCGCCUACCUCCCUCCAGAGCGAAUUCGUGAGAAGAGCCGGUUGUUUGAUACCAAACACGAUGUAUACAGCUUUGCCAUUGUGAUCUGGGGUGUGCUUACACAAAAGAAGCCAUUUGCUGAUGAAAAGAACAUCCUACACAUCAUGGUGAAAGUGGUGAAGGGCCACCGCCCAGAGCUGCCACCCGUCUGCAGACCCCGGCCACGUGCUUGUAGCAGCCUGAUAGGGCUCAUGCAGCGGUGCUGGCAUGCAGACCCGCAGGUGCGGCCCACCUUCCAAGAAAUUACCUCUGAAACCGAAGACCUUUGUGAAAAACCUGACGAGGAAGUGAAAGACCUGGCUCAUGAGCCAGGUGAAAAAAGUUCUUCAGAGCCCAAGAGUGAGACCAGGCCAGAGUCCUCACGCCUCAAGCGUGCCUCUGCUCCCCCCUUUGAUAAUGACUGCAGUCUCUCCGAAUUGCUGUCACAAUUGGACUCUGGGAUCUCCCAGACUCUUGAAGGCCCUGAGGAGCUCAGCCGAAGUUCCUCUGAAUGCAAGCUCCCAUCAUCCAGCAGUGGCAAGAGGCUCUCAGGGGUGUCCUCAGUGGACUCAGCCUUUUCCUCCAGAGGAUCGCUGUCACUGUCAUUUGAGCGGGAAGCUUCAACAGGCGAUCUGGGCCCCACAGACAUCCAGAAGAAGAAGCUAGUGGAUGCCAUCAAAUCAGGGGACACCAGCAGGCUGAUGAAGAUCCUACAGCCCCAAGAUGUGGACUUGGUUCUGGACAACAGUGCCAGUCUUCUGCACCUGGCUGUGGAGGCUGGACAGGAGGAGUGUGUCAAAUGGCUGCUUCUUAACAAUGCCAACCCCAACCUGACCAACAGGAAGGGCUCGACACCACUUCACAUGGCUGUGGAGCGGAAGGGGCGCGGAAUUGUGGAGCUACUGCUGGCCCGGAAGAUCAGUGUCAAUGCCAAGGAUGAGGACCAGUGGACCGCCCUGCACUUUGCAGCCCAGAAUGGGGAUGAGGCCAGCACAAGGCUGCUACUAGAGAAGAAUGCUUCUGUCAAUGAGGUAGACUUCGAGGGCCGAACACCCAUGCAUGUAGCCUGCCAGCAUGGACAGGAGAACAUUGUGCGCACCCUGCUCCGCCGUGGUGUGGAUGUGGGCCUGCAGGGAAAGGAUGCCUGGUUGCCUCUGCACUAUGCUGCCUGGCAGGGCCACCUGCCCAUUGUUAAGCUGCUAGCCAAGCAGCCUGGAGUGAGUGUGAAUGCUCAGACACUAGAUGGUAGGACACCCCUGCACCUGGCUGCUCAGAGGGGGCACUACCGUGUGGCUCGCAUCCUUAUUGACUUGUGCUCUGACAUUAACAUCUGCAGCCUACAGGCACAGACACCUCUGCAUGUUGCCGCAGAGACUGGACACACCAGUACUGCCAGGCUACUCUUGCAUCGCGGUGCAGGCAAAGAGGCUUUGACCUCAGAGGGCUAUACUGCCCUACACCUGGCAGCCCGGAAUGGACACCUGGCUACUGUCAAGCUGCUCAUAGAGGAGAAGGCUGAUGUACUGGCUCGGGGGCCCCUGAAUCAGACAGCCCUGCACCUGGCUGCUGCCCGUGGACACACAGAGGUGGUGGAGGAGCUGGUCAGUGCUGACCUCAUUGACCUGUCUGAUGAGCAGGGCCUCAGUGCACUGCACCUCGCUGCUCAGGGCAGGCAUUCACAGACUGUGGAGACACUGCUCAAACACGGAGCACACAUCAACUUGCAGAGUCUCAAGUUCCAAGGAGGCCAGAGCUCUGCUGCCACACUGCUCCGACGCAGCAAGACAUAGCUUGCCACCACAGAACCAGGGCUACGUGUCGGCUUCUGGUCCCUUUGUUUUCUCAUGGGGACAGAAUGGUCCUGGGACACUGCUCACCCUGUUGGUGGCCUGCCCACACACUGACCAAGCAGAGGCUAAUGGACAAGGCAAUAGUAGCUGUGUUGGGGCAGAGGCUACCACCAGCUACUGACCUGUAGUCAAAGGGUCUGAUGUCAGAUGGGGCUAGGUUAGUGUCAUGUCACUGUGGUAUUGAUUGGAUGCUGAUGCAGGCCUUUUACGACAAAGCCUAUACAAGAAUGCCCCCUCUGUUCCAGAGUAAGCUACUUCUGCUUACUUGGAGCAUAGCAUCUUCAGUAGAGAUAUGGGAAGGGCAGUGUCCUUUUUCUUCUCAUUGCAAUGGGCAGAGUAUCUGUCUGGAGGCAUAGUGGGUUCUUACACAUGAGUGAUAAGGUAGCUCUGCUUGAAACCUGUGAGGAUCUGGCUGUUGGAGCCUAGAAAGGGAAUGAUUAUAAAACCACAGGGCUGGUCUUAACACUGAACAGCCUUACCAUCAUGAAACCGCUGUUUGUUUUGGUUUUGUUUGUUUGUUUUUGUUUUAAGUUUUGAUGUCUAGGUCACCGCGCCUCUUCCCUCACAUUCCCUGCUGAGUUCUCACCUAAAAACGUCAGAGCCAUAUAUAUAAAAGUUACAGGAAAAUUCUUUGUAAAUGGGUUUUAUAUUAAAAAUUGUUUAGUCAACAAUUCGCUCUUUCAGGUUCUUUUGGGGAAGUGAUGGUUUGUGCCAAGGGCUUUGCUGACUUGCCCUGCAGUGACUCCUGCUGUGUUCCAGCACAGUAGAUGAAUGUGGCUAGAGGUGGCCACUGGAGAUGGUCGUACUCUGAGGAGUCAGAUUUGACAGCCUUUUGUUGUACCUUCCCCAUUUGUGUUCUGAACAUUGUCACCAUAGAGGUGACCUGCAGAGAAUGUUAUUAAUGUACUGUGUACUUUGACAUGAAUCAUGGACAGGAUACUUUUUCAUGACAGGAAGUAGUGGAGCUGGCUAUGUUUUAAUAUGCCUCAAUUUGUCUUCACUGUCUCCUGCUCUUGUGUAAAACACAGAGACCAUAGGAGAUCUGUUUUAUGUCAAUAAAGGACUUGCCUACUUUUGGAA